AUGCUGCAGCUGCGGGACGCGGCGGAGGCCGGCCCGGGCGGCGGCCCCGGGGCGGCGGCGGCGCUGCUGGUGGUGGCGGGGGAGGCCGCCCCGCCGCCCCGCCAGACGCUGCGGCCGCUCAGCGUGCGCACCGCCGGCCGCGCCGGGCGCCUGCGGGAGUACUUCGUGUUCCGGCCCGGCACGAUCGAGCAAGCGGUCAGCGAGAUCCGCGCCGCCGUGACGCCGGCCGAGGACGGGGAGGUGCGGAGCGUCUGGCUGCUCAGCGAAAUCGAUCACUGGAACAACGAGAAGGAGCGUCUUGUUCUCAUCACAGAUUGGUCCCUCCUGAUCUGCAAAUACAACUUCAUCAGCCUUCAGUGCCAGCAUGUGACGAGGAUUUCCCUCGGUGCAGUUGAUACCAUCUCUGUAGGAGAGUUUGAGUUCCCACCUAAGUCUCUGAACAAGCGAGAAGGUACCGGCAUUCGAAUCCAGUGGGACAAGCAAAGUCGCGCCUCCUUCAUAAACAGAUGGAACCCGUGGUCCACAAACAUCCCGUACGUCACCUUCACCGAACAUCCCAUGGCAGAUGCUGACGAGAAGAUUGCAUCCCUUUGCCUAUUGGAAAACUUUAAAACUCAGCUAAUUCAAGCUGUGAAGAAAGCCCAUAAGGAGCGUCCACUGCCAGGAAGGGCUAACGGUGUGCUAGUGCUGGAGCGUCCUCUUCUGAUCGAGACUUACCUGGGAUUGAUGUCCUUCAUCAACAACGAGGCCAAACUUGGCUACUCCAUGACAAGAGGCAAAAUUGGAUUUUAAAAUUCAUUGCAUUUCAUCUUUUCAAGAGAAAGUGAUUGGAUGUUGGGUCUCCCGGGGAGAGCACGCCGUGUGGCAGAACACUCGAUAAUCAAAGGGAAGAGGUUAGGGGAGCGAAAGGGGGUGGUUGUAGAACUAACAGUUCACAGGAGGCCCUGGUUGUUACAGUCAGGUCAGAUUAAUCUGAAGCAGACAUAAAGUAGUGUCAUUCUUGUAUUCUGCAUCUAAUUUACAGUUCUUACUGGUUCUUCUACAGGGCUGGUGAGCAGCGGUAUUUUCCAUUUCUAACUACGUGUUCUUCUCUGCUAAUUAAGUGCGAUUGGUAUCUGCUACAAACACUCCGCACAAUAUCCAAGAUACAGUAGAAUGUUCAUGCCAUAUUCCAGUUGUGUCCCUCUGUGUGGUGUCAAAUCACGUAGUGUGCUUGGGAUUGAUUUGUAUUGUUUAAAGAGGUAUUAGUGGUCACAAUUACAGUAAUCUUAGCAUUUUAAUUAAUGCCUGUUAAGAAUUUUGAAGGCUGUGUCAGUCAUUCUUUAGCAAACCAGUCAGAUUGUGUUAAAGCUGUACUGCUGCGGCUGCUCAGAAGCCGUGUACUUCGUAAACUGAAGUAUAUGGCUGAAUGUGCGUUUAUUAGCUGUUUGCAACAAUACCUCCCUCUAAGAACCAAGUCUGACUUCCUAGUUUCUUAUGCAUGUUUUCUUGCUGCAGCCGUAGAAUAAAGUCUCUUUUGAGAGAAUAUUGCCAAAAGCAUCACAAACACAUUUGCCUUCAAAGCUGUUAUUUAUAAAACUGAAAAGGAAUUCUAUUUUGAUUAGAUUUAUAUUCUUAGCAAUUUUUCUUAAACCUACUUCAGUUUGGGACAGCAGCAGUGCAGGACUUUCUAAUGGAGAGAGGUAAGACUUUAAACACUGUACAUCAAUCUGGAUUUAUACAUUCUUGCAUUUAACUUCAUACAAAUGUCCAGUAACGAAAUUCAGAAGCAGCAUAGGAGACACUACAACUGAAAUUGCUCAUGAGGUUACUCUAACAAGCUUUUUCAUUGCAUAUGACCUUCUAUACAUGCUAUUUUAUCAGAGCAUUUAUCUGUGCAACUACAAUGCUGAAUAAAUGCUGUGCUGCAGUGGUCGGUUUUUUGAACUUAAAGUAGAUGUGUGUUUAUGAAACUUACGUAAAGUCAUGAUGGAAUGCAACAAGUUGCAUGCUCCUCUCAAGGCAUUUUCUAAGAUAUCUAUUUAAUUUUCAUUAAUCAUGCAGUAAAGUUGAAUUUCAACUCAA